AUGCUUACCAACUUUCGGCCGUUCAAAGGAGGAAUCAAAGGAAUCAAUGGAUCUCCAACAAACAUUACUGGAAUUGGAAAAUUGUCACUGCCAAUACCCGGCACCACCGAUCAAAUUGAAGUAGAUGCCGUGGUUGUACCGACGUCUCCAUUCAACAUCAUGCCACCUCAACUGGUAUACAAGGCGAUGAAAUCUGCUGGUUGGGAACCAGAAUGGCCCCGCCAUAACGACAGCGAGUACAAGAUUGCAUUCACAGCACCAAGCCAAAAGGAGCAGCAUGAAAUCAAUGUGAAGAUUGACAACAGAGACUUGUUUGUAUUUUGA